AUGGCGUUGGUUUACGAGAAUGCCCAUCUUGUCAUCGCCGCAACUACAGCCAGAGAUAGCUCAGGAGGCUGCUUUUCGACCCGCCGCUCUCCUUGCCUUUUCUACCAACAUACGACUUCGGCUGAUAUAACAAUUUCGUUCUAUCUACGAGAAGAGAGCAAAUCACAUAAGUAUUUCGCUAAGCAGUGGUUCUGCACCGUGCCUAGCUUAUAUGAUAAGCUCCUCACCCGUUCCUGGGCGUUGCAGGAACGUCUCCUGGCAACUCGGAUAGUCCAUUUUGUAGGAGACGAUUUGGUUUGGCAAUGUCGGAAACAGACAUCUUGUGAAUGUAAUGCACUGAGGUCUCACCCAGGGGUACUCAAAAUAGGCUGGAAUAAAGAACUCGAGGAUCGCGAUUCUUACCUUGAGUCGCAACGUUUUCUAUGGAACCGGAUCAUAAGACAUUAUAUGACUCUAAAAAUUACGAAAGUUUCCGACGAAUUACCAGCCUUAUCAGGACUAGCCAAAAAAUUCCAGGCGGCUGGCGCUGGUGAUUACCUUGCUGGGCUGUGGAGGGAAACCAUUCUUGCCGAUCUCCUGUGGACAGUGUGCGAAGGAAAAAGAGCAGAGAAAUGGCAGGCUCCUUCUUGGUCAUGGGCUAGUCUAGAGAAGGAGGGCGGUGGCCUCAUCUGUCCAUACGGGUUCGACUCAAGCGACAGAUUGGAUUGUCGGCAUUUGAGACCGGGCGAUCCAUCUGCUACAAGCCAUAAGUCAGGAGUGUUUGGAUCUACCUUACUAAAGACACAAUGCGAGCCAGCUGGUGAAGAUAGCACAGGUAAUGUUAAACAACCCGCCAGCUUGACAAUUUCUACGCCUCUUAUCGAGGUCAUGGGACAGUUUACAGAGCCAGAACUUUCGUCAUGCAUUGGACUGAACAUUACGAUCAGUCGAAACGGACAAGUGUUGAUAUUUGACGUUGAUUGUGAAGAGGAUUUUGAGGAAUAUGAGGGAGAAUCGUUCCCACUAGUCUGUGCUUGGAUCGGGACUGAAUGGCACGAUAGUAAAUAUUUGCCACAGAUAAUGGUUCUGAGGAACUCUCUCGGGAUAUGUGGCGCCUCAUCUACGCCAAACGCAUUUGAGCGAGUAGGAGUCAUAGAUGAUUGGAACGGUUGGGACCAAGAGGAGGCCGAAAGAACUGCAAUCAUAGCUGACUGGUUUUCGGACUCGCAGGUGACGACCAUUACGAUAGUAUAG